AAAAAUCUUCUCACCAUCACCGAAGCCUCACAAACUCCACUCUCUGCAACAGAAAUUUGAAAUCGCCGAGCAAAAAUGCUCCACUGCAACCCUCUCGUCCUCUCCAAAACCUCGUUCGGAUCUUCAACUCCUCCUCCUUCAAGAAUCAUUCACAGAUUGUCCUUAAGCUCCGUCGUCGCCGAUUCUACGGUCAGGAACAGCGCCACUGUAGCUACUUCACCGUCGCGAACGACCAUUUCCGCGCAGGAAGCUCGAGUCUCUCUUGUUUUUGCUCUCGCUUCCCAAGCAUCUUCUCUCUCUCAGCGCGUUUUGUCGGAAUUGGCUACCGAAACUUUGAAAUAUUUGUUGCCUAAGAGGUUCGAGAGUCGGAAUUUAGAGGAGGCUUUAAUGGCAGUUCCCGAUCUCGAGACUAUGGAGUUCAAGGUCUUAAGUCGGAGAGACGAAUAUGAGAUAAGGGAGGUUGAGCCUUACUUUAUAGCGGAAACAACCAUGCCUGGAAAGAGUGGAUUUGAUUUCAGUGGUGCAUCUCAAUCUUUCAAUGUCCUGGCUGGGUACCUUUUUGGUAAGAACACGGUGAAAGAGAAAAUGGAAAUGACAACUCCUGUUUUGACGAGUCAAUACAAAUCUGAUGGGGAAAAAAUGGAUAUGACAACUCCUGUAAUAACGAAAAAUGUCGAUGGUAAAGAUCAAUGGAAGAUGUCAUUUGUCAUGCCCUCCAAAUAUGGUCCAAACUUGCCAGUGCCCCAAGAUACUUCUGUUAGUAUUCGAGAAGUCCCAAGGAAAAUUAUUGCAGUUAUUGCCUUUUCGGGUUUUGUCACCGAUGAAGAAGUUAAACGGAGAGAAUCCAGAUUAAGGGAUGCUCUGAAGAAUGACAAGGAGUUUCAAGUUAAAGCAGGCAGUUUUGUGGAGGUUGCACAGUAUAAUCCACCCUUUACUCUUCCAUUUCAACGUCGUAAUGAGAUUGUGCUGGAAGUAGAGAGGAAAGACGUAUAGCAGCAUUAUUGAAAUUCUCCUCGUGUAUAGUAACAUUUUACUCAUAUUAUAGACUGUUUAUGUGUGUAUAUAUGUCACUUUCACUUGUAAUUACAGCUCCAUCAGGCAGUGAAUGGUGCACCUAUGAAACUCGAUACUAAAGAUUUGAACAUGCUAAUGCCUUCAAAUAUUUCACCCCA